ACAGUCAGUAUUCAAUGUUACAGCGGAGACAGGUUUCAUCAUGAUAAACCUACCCACUUCAGCAUAUUAUUGCAGUUCGUACAGGUGAUUGGCGGAUUUUCUGUUAUGUUAACUGAGACUGUUGUAAUAAUAUUUGUGCUAGGGUUAUGGGUCUACUCAAUUCUCAAAUUCUUAAGAUACUGGUGGAUCUGGUUGAUACCUGCUCCUGGGGAACCAUAUUUAGCCCUUCCUCAGGCCAAUUCAGAUUCAGUUGUUAACAGACAGUAUGGUGUGGGAGAUGACAUUAAACUACGUCAGCCCUGGAGGUUUCCUAGUUUAGUUUCGCUACCCCUGUAUCCUCAGAAGAGCCCAGCUAUCUAUCUAUCAGUACCUGAACAAAAAACAUCGAGAUCUCCCUCUUUACCCACAAUACAAAGAAAAAGCUCGCAGAUUCCAUCAUUUUCCUGCAGGUCUGAUUCUGAACCCAAUAUAUCUGUCUAUGGUGUUCAAGACUCUCUUGUUAUGUUUAGGUCUGAUUCUGAACCCAAUAUAUCUGUCUACGGUGUUCAAGACUAUCUUGUUAUGUUUAGGUCUGAUUCUGAACCCAAUAUAUCUGUCUACGGUGGAAUGAUCGGGGGAAGAAAACCAAGCAUAGUGCUUACCCAUGCUAGCGUUGAGAGGGAUGAUGAUCGCCUUCCGUCUAACUUGUCUCUUGGGUCUAUGGAAAUUAGGGUUGUUUGUGAUGAUUAUAAACCUUCAAGCAGAAAAUACCUAGAUACUAAUCCUAGCCCUUCUUCUUUUAAAGGACAGAGAAGUAUAACCCCAGUAAUAAUGUUCCCUGAGCAUCAAAUAGACAGAUGUGGCAGUGGGAUGAUUUCUGUGUAUGGAUCAAGAAGAAACAGCAUAAUUUCAUCAAGACGGAGUAGUAUAGCAGCUUCUAGACGUGCAAGCUCAACCUCAUUAUAUGUUAACCCUACUCAUUUAACCAGAUCACGAAUGAGUGUUCCUCAUCUAAACUCAAGGGUAAUAUUUAUCUUCGGUAUUAGUGAAUAUAAUUUGCUUCUGUAA